GAAAGAGUGGAGGCGUCUGUUAGCCUUUCAAUAUGUUUUUGUAGUUAGUAUUUAGAAAUUCAUAUGAAUUGUAUUGUCAACUAUAUUUCCUCUGUUUGUUGCCUGGUUUGCUCAAUUUUGAAUCAUAAAUUUUCGUUUGACAUGUGAAUUCAGAUGAGUCACACAAUAGGACAUACUCAGAGUGAGGAAGAUAUGUCGGAAAAUGCAGAGAAAAUUACUGAUUCAGACAUGACUGCGAAACCUGAAGAAACUGUUAUGGGGGGUGAAGAAAAGAAAGAGGCCAUUAAAAGUCUGCAUGAGACUUUGCUCGUCACGAACAUUUGCUGGGUUCUCUGCUAGUGCAUGCCGAAGAGCAGAAACAAGUGUACGAAAUGAUCCACCGGACUCUUCAAGAUGUGCAAUGUCAACUAGCAGUUAUAUCAUCACAGUUAGGAUUGACGUCCAAAGCACAACCUGAAAUCUAUGAAUCGGGGAAAGUGAAAAUCAAGCUAGACGAUUCAGGCACAAAGCUCCACCGGGUGUUUGACAAAAUGUCAACAUCAGUUAACACUAAAACUUCUGAUCAACUGGUUCAGAAAAAUGAGGGACUUGAUUCUUCAGUUCGUCAACCCAAUGAUUACGGGCUCUCUAUCCAUGGCGAGGAGAUGAAGGGUGAAGAAUUGCUAAACAGGACGGUGAAAUUAGCUGAUUCAGACAUGACUGCGAAACCUGAAGAAACUGUUAUGCGGGGGAAGAAAAGGAAGAUGAGUCACACAAUCCAAAAUACUCAGAUUGACGAAGAUAUGUCAGAAAAUGCAGAGAAAAUUGCUGAUUCAGACAUGACUGCGAAACCUGAAGAAACUGUUAUGGGGAAUGAAGAAAAGGAAGGCGGCAAAGACGAGGGGGCAAGAAAGUGGUACGAUGUAAAAUUUUUUCCUGGUUUAAAUUUUGACAAACAGUCGAGCUUGCUGAUACGCGAACUUCCUGAUAAAGAGCUAUUUUUUAUUUAAACGGUCGAAAUCAUCGUAUAGUGUUAGUUUACAUGACGGAGGAAGAAGCUGAUAAAGUUGAAGGUCCGUUUACUAAAUUUUAACUAAUAAAUAUAUGUGUUUAUCUAUGGUUCUUCUAGGAAAUUAAUGCAUACGUUUAUUUUAUUUUUCCAGGGCUGUCUGAAGUUGAAUAUGUGGAGACAAUGCGUUCGGAGCAUGGUUUUAUAUGGUCGGACUCAGAGCCAGAAGAUGAAUAUGGAUAUGGAUAUACUCCGUGUUAAACAUCUUUGGAGCCCACCUGGUCCAGAAGCUGCUUCUACUUGUGGAUUUGUUUUUUGAGUUUUUUUAAUUUCAGCACAACUAAGAGAUUUUGUUGUAGAUAGUUAGACAUAAGGGAAUCAAACACCAUUGAACGUUUAAACUCUUGACAUUGUUUUGAUCGGGUUUUUUUUUUUUGUAUUAUUGUUUGCACAAAGCUGAA